AUAAACUGCUCGCGUAUGGGUUGUGAAACACCCUUAACAAAACUUCUAGAAACAUUUUCCCCGUCAGCUAUAAAGUACAUGGAAAAACAAGAAAACAAUUGUGAAAAUAGCAACAUAAUCAAUGUUGUUGAAUCGAUUUCUUCUUUAACUGCUACAAGAAGUUUGGAUAACCCAAUGCUGAAUAAUCUUGAACAGCAAUCUAAGAUAGGCAACUAUUACCCAGGGAGUAUGCUUGCUGGUGCGCCUCACACAACAGACAGCUUGCCACAACUUGAAUCAUACUUGAAUACAUAUCACGAAAUGGACAGACAUGGUGAGCAAAAUGCGUAUCAAGACGAAUUGAUAAGUAGUUCAGAGCAAGAUGCCUGGGAACCAUCAAUGCUUUCAGAUAACAUCUUACCUCCCGUUAUGUUGUCGAGUUACGACGAAAUGGCGCUACUGCAGCAACAAUUAAUGGCUACAAAUGGUGGUAUGCAGCAAUAUGUAUUGCCAAUAUUCUUUCAACCAUUUAUGAUGAACGAAAGUGUAAACAAAUCGAGGGAAAUCUUCGAAAAGCAGAUUUUGAACAAAGAAAAGACGGACGACGAUGCAGGGAACGAAGCAGUUGAUCAACGUGUGCCCAAUCCGUACCAAAAUAACUGGCUGUCAAUGGCAAGUACUGAUGAGGAACUGAUGAGAAAAUGUAAACUUACACUGGGCGUCAACAUAAACGGCGAGAGAAAAACAGACGCAAGUGUUGACAACAUGAAAUAUCUUGAGGAGGCUGCUGCUAAACUGUUGCAAACUGACGGAAUUCCAAAAUGUGCAAAACCAACUAAUUUUGGAAAACACGAGUGUAAUAUUUGCCACCGAAGGUUUCAACGGCAAUAUACAUUAAAAACGCAUCGAAGAAUACAUUCUGGACAUAGACCGUUUAAAUGCGAAUUUUGUGACAUGGCGUUCAAACAGUCAGGAACUAAGCUCAACCAUGUUCGUGCUAUUCAUACAAAACAGAGACCUUUUAAAUGUGUUUACUGUGGGAAAUCAUUCUCGCACAAAUCUUCUAUCACUGUGCAUACACGUAUCCACACAAACGAAAAGCCGUACCAAUGCGAGCACUGUGGAAGGCGUUUUACCGAUCGUGCCACCUAUACGAAACACCAAGUCAUUCAUUCCGGCGAAAAACCGUUUACUUGUCCCGCUUGCAACAAAACUUUUUCUCAAAAGUCUAAUUUAAAGCGGCAUUUUAUUAAUGUACAUCAGUAAAAAACAAUUUCUGCGACAAGACUGGAUUUUCGAAACUUGUCAAUAUCCAUCUCAUACCUAAUUGUUUUAUUUUUCGAAGUUAGUUUCUUUUUGUUUUUUUAUAUAGUUGCAAAAAUUUGAGAGAAAAUUGUAC